AGCUAGGCCAGGAGGGUGCAGAGUCUGUCCGUGCCUACGGAGAUGAGACGCCUUGCCUACGGCGUCCAGUGUGGGGGAACUCACCCUCACCCACAAGCUCCUGUUCGCUCCUUUUUAAACUGCCUCGUUAAAGAUUUCCUCAGACCCCACAGGUCAUCCUGUGUCUGUCCUCCAGCCCCUCUCGCCUGAGAAUGCUCCAUUUUAGGCCUUGAAUUUGUAGGGUGUGUCUCAAAUGUAAGCGAUCCCUCACGUUCUGGUCAUCAGUUCUUCCAAAAGCUAAUGAGAUGAUGUGAACUUGUUUAGUAAGUGAAGAAACUAGAGUCGGGGUCUUAGGUUGCUUUGCUCCAGGUCAAACACCUAGGGAACCAAGGCAAAGAAGGAUCCAAGCCUGUCAGAGCCAAAUGCUGAGCCGUGAUGGCAUUUGUAAUAGGAAAAGCGGUGUUUUGUGUAAUGAAACCACUUUUCUCCUAGUGUCUUUGAGAAUUUGAUUGCUCUGACUUGAGAUCAUGGCUCUCCCUUAACAAUUUCCUGUAGUCAGUUUCCUGUUUGUAGACACAGUUGGGGGGAUAUUUGUUGGAUACCUCUUAGCAGGUGGAGAGUUUGAAGUAUACUUUCUGCUCACUUAUUCUGACUUGACCAUGUUUUCUACAUACUCCAAAAGUCCAACCCCAGGGAGGUGGUACCAAGAGCUUUUCUUUGUGAAUGUGCAGGGGUUUUUGUUGGUUUUAUUAUUAAUCAGUAAUACCUUGUAUUUCUAAACGAAUGCAUUUGCACCAUUUCAGGGGAGCCCUUUGUAUUUGGCGUUUAUCAGCGAAUGAGAUAAUAUGACUGAAUGGGUAGAAGGGUCAGCUACUUGGUUAAUAAAACAGAAUUAUAACAUCAGAUUGCUAAUUCAUUAAGCUAGGAGUCCAGCAUUUUGAUUGGACAUACUGAGAUAAAGAUGAGACUGUGUACCACUGCACAAAUAAGUGCACAAAUCCAGGAAUUUGAUCCUUACAUAAGCAUUCUAAAGAGAAAAGGUGAUGGUUUGGAUCUAGAUCCUGCUAAGAAUUGCCAGAAGGUAGCAAGAAGUCUUUCCUUAGGUCCUUGUAAACUCGGGGGAACUGGAAAGGAGGGCUGAAGCUCUGACUUUAUACCAGUCAGGAAGGCCCUGAUGUUGACUAUUUGGAUUUGAGGGAUAAAAUCAGCAACAGUGGCCUGGGAAGUAGAAGACCCCAAUCUUAAGUCAAGACCAAAGUACAAACAGAAGUGACCCUUAACUGGGAACUAACAGGAAGAGGUCGGUGUUUAUAUGUCGUCUGCUUCCCACUUCUCUGUGCUCCAAGAUUCAUUUUUGUGAGGUACUCAAGACCAGCCCAUGGAAGAAUCAUAUGAAGAAGUGGUGAUUAAAGUCAUAGAGCAGGAGUGGACAUGUUUGGGUUUCCAACAGCUACCCUGCUGGACUGUCACGGAAGAUAUGCCCAGAAUGUAGCAUUUUUCACAUAUUGGUGCAUCUUACAUGACUUCCCUCUCGUUUUAUCAGAUGUGAUGACGGAAGCCCACAAGUAUGAUCAUUCAGAGGCCACAGGAUCGUCAAGCUGGGAUUUCCAGAGUUCUUUCAGAAGAGAGAAGGUGGAACAAAAGUCCCCAGAUUCAAAGACACUACAGGAAGACUCUCCUGGAGUGAGACAGAAGGUCUAUGAUUGCCAGGAAUGUGGGAAAUCUUUCCGGCAAAAAGGUAGUCUAACGUUGCAUGAGAGAAUCCACACUGGGCAGAAGCCCUUUGAGUGCACCCAGUGUGGAAAAAGCUUCAGGGCCAAAGGCAACCUAGUUACACAUCAGCGAAUACACACAGGAGAGAAGCCCUAUCAGUGCAAAGAGUGUGGCAAAAGCUUUAGUCAGAGAGGCAGUCUAGCUGUCCAUGAGAGACUCCACACUGGACAGAAACCCUAUGAAUGUGCCAUUUGCCAGAGAAGCUUCAGGAAUCAAAGUAACCUUGCUGUUCACCGAAGAGUUCACAGUGGUGAGAAGCCCUAUAGAUGUGACCAGUGUGGAAAGGCUUUCAGUCAGAAAGGAAGCCUAAUUGUCCACAUCCGAGUUCACACAGGUCUGAAGCCCUAUGCGUGUUCCCACUGCAGGAAGAGCUUCCACACCAGGGGAAAUUGUAUUCUGCAUGGAAAAAUCCACACAGGAGAGACACCCUAUCUCUGUGGCCAGUGUGGAAAGAGUUUCACACAGAGAGGGAGCCUGGCUGUGCACCAAAGAAGCUGCUCCCAAAGGCUCACCCUGUAACCACUCUCGUCAAAGGAAGGUCUUAGGAAUUAAGAAUACAAAACCCUCUGUAACCAAGAAGUUUAUCUAAUUCUAUAGGGUAAGUGGAAAUUCUUCCGGAAGGACCAGCAUUUGAUAGGGCAAACUGACUUUUUCCCCUUCCCCCAAAUGAAUAUGAAAAAUAAAUGUCUUGCUUUAUCAUUA